AUGCUGUACUUCCAGGUGGUGAUCCUAGCAGCCACAGUGAUGCUGGCAUAUUACUGCGAAUUCACGGACACGUUCAGCCCAGCAGAGCAGGGCUUUGUCUGCAGAGACCCGGCCCUGUCUAAACCUGAUCCUGGACCUGAACAGGACAGCAGAGUUCAGCCAGUGAUCCUGUUCUCUGUGCUCGGAGGGUUGCCCGUCGUACUGGUGAGUAUCACAGAUCUUGUCAUUUUCCUCCUGAACUACAACUCCCAUCAGCUCUACGACCAGGAGAAGGUGGUCGUCAUGGGAGACUGUUGCUACGUCAACCCCAUGGUGCGCAGGACCUUCCGUUUUCUUGGUGUGUAUGCCUUUGGCUUGUUUACCACCGACAUCUUUGUCAACGCCGGUCAGCUGAUCACAGGAAGUCUGGCCCCGUACUUCCUGUCAGUGUGUGUACCAAACUACACCACGCUCGACUGUGAGGACGCAUCACUAUUCGUCAGCCAAUCAGAAGCCUGUACUGGUGACCCUGAUGACAUCAUGAGAGCCAGGAAGACGUUUCCCUCCAAGGAGGCGGGGCUUAGCCUGUUUACAGCCGUUUACCUCUCAAUGUACGUGAUGUCAUGUGCAGGGUCUGGAGGUGGUCGUCUGACCGGCCCUGUCUUCAGCCUCUCAUUGGUCGGUGUGGCCGUGCUGAUUGGUAUCAACAGAGUGGCCGAGUACAGAAACCACUGGAGUGAUGUGAUUGCAGGACAGACCAUCGGGGGCGCUAUUGCUGUCUUUCUGGUGGCGUUUGUGGUUCAGUAUUUCAAAAAACGGCGAGUGAUGUCACACAGCGUGUCUGACGCAGGAACAGCAAACACCGAUGAAGUUUCCCCACAAACCAACCACAACAUGACGACUGGUGACAAAUACGUCAUCACACGGAGUCCGGCAUCCUUCAAUGAGAUCACAUGA